AAUCUCAAGGUCGGUUGACGCUAUCGUUUGGUAAGGCGCGAUGUUGAACAAAAUGGAUUUUCAUUCUAGUAAUCUAUCAUACCGCGGAAGAAGGAUGGAAAUUCUUCUGGUAGUUUUAGCUGUCAUCAAACUACUAAAAGUGAUAUCUGUUUACGCUACGUAUGAACUGUUAAAGAAUUCUAAUCCUCUUACUAUAUUAAUUGCUUUAAAAUUUACUGCAUUACUUAUUAUGGUGCCACUGCAGAAGCCUUUUAAUGGACCUAAAUUGAAGAUUACUGAGUGGUUUCACAUCUUAAAGUUCUCUUUUGUCCGGCUUCUUAUUGAUGCUUUUUGGAUAGAAGGGCUUAUUCUUUGUGGUCCCUUCAGGUUUAUUUUGUUGUUCGAGCACAGCGAACUUCUAAUUCUUGCUUCAGUUGGUACAUUUAUCUUCGGGUCCAAUUGCACUAAAAAAACUCGAGGGUCAGUAUUCUUUGUAAUUGGUGUAGUGUGUUUGGUAUUUUUCGACCAUGAUAGUAGUCAUGGGGAGACGGAGCAUCCUGAAGGAGUUCAUAAAAGUUUCCUAAUCCAUCAUUUAUAUGAAUUAUUUGUAAACUUUGGACUCUCAGAUCACAAGGUUGGUGUUGUUGUCCUAAUUAGUGCGGUUUGCUUGGAUGCCGGGCUAGCUUCAAUUUCUAGGACGUUAGUAACAUCUGUCGGAGGUGCCAAACGUUUAUACAGCCUUUCUGCGUUAAUCAGCUUCGUCAUAUUGAUUCCGUUUUUUCUUCUUACUCACUUCUUCAAUGAAAACUCCUUUCACACCAAGGAACAAUUAAAUCUUUUGAAGAUGGUAGAAAAUGUUAACAAUCAAAUGCCUUCUCAUGAAUCAUCUGGAAAUAUCCCACAAAGAGAUUGGCUAUUUUGGAUGGUUUAUAUAAGUACCAUGCAUGUAAUCGAUUUCUAUAUGACCAGUCUGGUCAGCGGGCGACUUGGUUCUCAAUCAGUGACUCGUCUUGCUAAACUAACUGUCGUUAUAACUAGCCUAAUAUUCAGCCUUUUCUGGUCAUCUUCAGAUUCCGUAGAACAAUUUGUUUCAGUCGAUCGUAAUGAGAUUCUUGUAAACAGUUUCCUACUUAAACAUCAAAUGUCUGUUGGAGUAAUUGUUUCGGUCGUUUGUAUUUUAUAUGCUUCAGAUCUUUUAACUGCAGAUAAAUCUGGUCAUGGUCCAGAAGGUAUUUCAAGUGGUCAUUUUAUUGGUUAUUCAAUGGCUGGUUUACCUUUAUUUACUGCUGGACAAACGCCUACACACGGUACUGCCUUAUUAGCGAAUUCAGAAGAAUUUGGUCUAUGGUAUCAUUUACGAGCUACGUUUCAUGGCAUAUUAACUGGACAAGCUUCACGUCGCAUUUUCGCGUUCUUGUGUUUAAAUCUAGCUUUUACAUUUGUGGAACUUUUUUACGGUGUAUGGACAAAUAGUUUAGGUUUAAUUUCUGACGGUUUUCAUAUGUUAUUCGAUUCAGCAGCACUUGUAGUAGGGUUAUAUGCUGCCGUAGUUUCACACUGGAAACCGACACGUAUAUUCUCAUUUGGAUAUAACAGUGCAGAGAUUCUAUCUGGACUUGUCAAUGCACUGUUCCUGUUGGUUAUAUCUGGAUCAGUGUUUAUCAAUUCAAUUGUACGUAUUCAUCAACCACCAGACAUUAAAACUGAUAAAUUAUUGGCUGUAUCUAUUUUAGGUUUGCUUGUAAAUAUUGUUGGUGUUGUCGCUCUUGGUCAUGCUCACAGUCAUGGAGGCCAUGGUCAUAGUCAUGGUGGACAUGGUCACAGUCAUAGUGGUUCCCACGGUCAUAAUCAUGGAGGCAGUUCUAGUGGACAUUGUCAUAAUCACGAGCAUGGUCACAGCCAUAGCCGGAAUCAUAGCCACAGUUCAAAUAGAUCUCAUUCUCAUCACCAUGAUCUCAAACAUGCUGUUGAAGCUCAUAAUGAAGAACUUCAUUAUGGUCAUACACACGGUCAUCAGCAUCACUGUGGAUCGCACAAAUCACAGAAAGAUGAAGCAGGAGAUGCUAACCUACGAGGUGUGUAUUUACAUGUGCUUGCUGAUACUUUGGGUAGUGUAAGUGUAAUAUUCAGUUCAUUUCUGGUAACUAAUUAUGGUUGGAAUGUAGCUGACCCGAUAUGUUCAAUGUUUAUUGCAUGUGUAAUUGGCUAUUCAGCUAUGCCUUUGCUCAAUGAUACCCUUUGUUUGCUUACUUUAAAAGUACCUCAUGAAUUUCAUUCUCAAUUAAUGGUUAAGAAAAUAUUACAAGUGGAUGAAGUUGUUUCUGUUUCAAAUCCAUUUAUUUGGACUCAUAUGCAUAAAUCUGUAUGUGUUUGUGUAACGGUUCGAAUUCAGUCUAGUGCCUCAGAACAAGUAUUAUUACGAAAGAUUAAAGAAUUAAUUCAAAAUCAUUUCACAUCUGUAUCUCAUUUAACUAUACAAAUUGAAAAAGAAGAAUAUGAAUAUCAUACUCAAGCUAUGGGUUUACAUUUAUCUGUUAUUGGACAUUAUCCUAAAUCAUUUAUCAAUUCGAAUGUUUUAAUGAAUGGAUUAACACAUCAUCAUCACCAUGAUAAUACCAAUCAUUGUGGUAAAUAUAACUGUUCAUCUGAACGCAUGAAUUUAUUAUCUGUUAAAGAUAUUUAAACACGUAUGCAUUGUAGUUGUCAGUCCAUGUCGAAAAGGCAUCUUUUGAUUUUUUAUAGCUCCGUUCCCUUUUGUUCUUCACUUCCUUCCUUAUUUGUUCAUGAAUUAUCAUUAUUAUUUCCAGUUAAUUUCUCAUUAUUCCAUAUCGUCUAAAUCAAUAACCCUUCCGGAUAAUUCUCCUUCACUUUCCACUUUCAUUAUUGUACAUAGUUGUAUUCAAUCUCUUUAAUACCAUCUCCACCCCAGUUUAUUCUAUGAAAUUAAUCAUUAUGAUCCUUGUCGUUUUUCGUUGUCUUUUGUAUAGUAUUUGUCUACCUAAUAAAGUUCCCUUACUUAUACUACUUUUUAGUAUAGUAGUAUAGAGGUUUAUUGGAGUUUUGUAUAAUAUUCGAUUUCUAGGUGAAUUAUAUUCAAAAUUAUUUCAAAGGAGCAUUCUCAGCCCUAAUUAUUUAUUUCUUUAACUAUGUACUCUAAUUCGUACUACUGAUUUAUGCUAUUUCAUAUAACUGGUUCUGAAUCUAACCCUACCGGUUCAUCUUUGGUUAUUCCUUUCGCUAUUGAUUUUGUCUGCGCCGUCAGAUAUCUUAUUUUACCUUGAUUACGUUUUUUAACUGAUGUUUCUUAAAUUCUCUGGGAGUUUGCCGGUUAUUCUGUCUUUCAUCAAGCUUCAAAAUGUGCUUUUUUUGUUGGCCUAGUUACACACGUUUAAAUUAUUUAGUAGUCAACCACUUGUACUUGUAAAUGAUUUAAGCGAUGACUGUGAUUAUAUUUUUGCUUACAAAAUGUGGAGUGUAUGCAUGAAUGUGUUGUUUAUUUUAUAAGUCUGUUAAAUCAACUUAGUAAGGGUUUUUUUGAGUGAAGGUUUUUUAUAUAUACUUUAUGAUUAUUUAUCACCUUUUAAAACAAACAUUUCUCGUUUUAUGCAGAAUAAAGAAUCAACCAUUGUAAAGAAUUGGUGUAUUUUUAACAUUUACUUCUGUCACACGUUAAUGAUAUUUCAGUAAUAUCGGUUUUCUUAAAAUAUUCUUCGCUUACUUUGCUGGUUUUAUGCAUUCACUUUCAUAUUAAUUAUUUUCUGCUUUGUAAAUGAGAUUAUUGCAAGGCAGAUGGGUUUGUUAAAAAUAUACUUUUUUUAAAACGUGGAUUAA